UGCGUCUCGAGAGCCCCAACCACCUCGAACAUUGAGCGACAGACUCCGUCUUAUAUCUCCCUCGCUGCUCAUCAAUAGCCACGAAGGACUUCCCUCUCUCUCGAUUCAGCCAAGCCUCGUACCUGAUCGACACAGGUCCCAACCAGCCAACCCGGCCUCCGCCUCCGCGCGCAGACGUGUACCGCACCCAUUGGACACACCGACCCUUGUCCCUGUCUCUCACGCAACGCACGAACACGCGAUACCGGCCAAGAUACGCGCACAAAGAACCGAACCAUGGGCCUCUUCGACACCAACGGCAAAUCCUACUACACCUCCUCCACCGAAGCCUUCCUCAACCCCAACGCAGGCCAUGGCUCCUCUCGCCGCGGCGUAUCCCCAGCACGCUCAACCCGCAGCGUAAAAACAGCAGGAGGAGGAGGCUACUCCGUGCGACCCAGCGCUUCAAAUCCACAUUCACACUCCCGUCCAACGUACGCGCGAAGCGCAAGCGGUUCGAUUUUUGGGAACUUCGGCGGGAGCGGAAGUAAUUACGGUGGGAGCAAUUUUGGCGGAUCCUCGCGUAGUAUUUUCAAUUUUGGAGGAGGAAGUGGUGGAUCAUCGUACUACAAGCGAAGACCACGAGAUGGGUAUAUCAGUUACCUGGUGCAUAAAUUGCAGAGGAUGAUCAAGGAAUUGUGGGCGUAUGCGAGAAGACAUCCUGUGAAAGCUUUCUUUGCGGUUGUGGUGCCAUUGUUGAGUGCUGGAGGCGCGAUCGGUGGCCUAUUGAAGCAUUUUGGCAUCAGGAUGCCAUUGGGUAUGGGUAUUGGAGGAGGUUCUUCGAGAGGAUCGGGCGGAUACUACGGGAGUCGAGGGUAUGGUGGCGAUGAAGGAGGGUGGAUGGAUGCUCUUGGUGGAGGAGCUGGAUUGAUGGGCAAUGCGGGGAGUCUGAUCUCGGUCGCGAAGAUGUUUAUGUGAGGAAGCAUGAUGCCUGCGUGCGUGGAAGGAGUUUGAAGUUAUGGGAUUACGACAGUGAUGAAAAGUACGAUUAUUGAGAUAGGACAGGACAGGCGCAAGCUUGGGCAGGCCAUGGUUGCCGGUAAUGAGAGGAUACCCAAAAGGAAGUAUGAGAUUAAAUAGUAUGAUAAAAACUCUUUCCAGAAUUUACUUCAGUAACAAC